AUGACAUCCGUCCUGGGCAACAGCAGGGCGUCGGGAGGUCCGAGCGGGCAGCUGAAAUGCAAGUCCAAGAGAAGGAGGAGGAGGAGAUCGAAGAGGAAAGAAAAAGUAAGCAUACUGUCAACCUUUAUAGCACCCUUCAAGUACCUGAGUCCCGGCGCAACCACCAUGGAGGAUGAAGACAAUUUAAGUACCAGCAGUGCAGAAGUAAAGGAAAAUCGAAACAUUGGCAACCUGGAGGAUCAUCCAAUAUCCUCUAAUGAGAGAGCAAGAGGGGGAACACCUAGCAGUAAGAGAAAAAGACCUUUAGAGGAAGGCAAUAAUGGCCAUUUCUGCAAACUCCAGCUCAUCUGGAAGAAAGUCUCGUGGUCAGUGACGCCAAAGAACGCUCUGGUUCAGCUACAUGAACUUAAGCCAGGUUUACAAUAUAAAAUGGUUUCCCAGACAGGUCCAGUGCAUGCUCCAGUCUUUGCUGUUGCUGUGGAAGUAAAUGGACUUACGUUUGAAGGAACAGGGCCCACAAAAAAGAAAGCCAAAAUGCGUGCUGCGGAGCUGGCUCUGAAGUCAUUUGUCCAGUUCCCCAAUGCCUGCCAAGCUCACUUUGCCAUGGGGAACUGCAUCAACCCAUCCACAGACUUUACUUCUGAUCAGGCAGACUUUCCAGAUACUCUGUUCAAGGAGUUUGAACCAUCCACACACAGCGAGGACUUUUCAGUCUAUAACCCCGUUAAUAACGAAUUGCUUUCCACUGCUUAUCGACACGGGCGCUUGCUCUGCCAUACGCUGGACUUAAUGGGCCACGGGAAGCAAAACAAGCACAAGAUGGCAUCCAAGGCUGAGAGUGAGAAGAACCCAGUGGUGUUGCUCAAUGAGCUGCGGUCGGGCCUGCGGUACGUCUGCCUGUCUGAGACGGUGGAGAAGCAGCACAUCAAGAGUUUUGUGAUGGCCGUGCGAGUGGAUGGGAGAACAUUCGAAGGCUCAGGACGUAGCAAGAAGCUGGCCAAGGGUCAAGCAGCACAGGCAGCCCUUCAGGCCCUCUUUAACAUUCGUCUGCCCAGCCACAUUCCCAGCAGGAGUAAAUGUCACCAUUUGCCACAGGAUUUUGCCGACUCCGUAUACCAAAUGGUUGCACAGAAGUUCCAGGAGCUGACAGACAAUUUCACUUCCAUGCAUGCCCGCCACAAAACUCUUGCAGGCAUUGUGAUGACCAAAGGUUUGGACAUCAGGCAAGCUCAGGUUAUUGUUCUGUCAUCGGGUACCAAAUGUAUAAAUGGGGAAUAUAUUAAUGACCAAGGGCUUGCGGUCAAUGACUGCCAUGCAGAAGUUGUGGCGAGAAGGGCAUUUGUUCACUUCCUCUACUCACAGCUGGAGCUACACUUAAGCAAACGGCGAGAAGACUGGGAGCGAUCAAUCUUCGUGCGAUUAAAAGAGGGAGGCUACAGGCUGAGGGAGAACAUCCUGUUCCAUCUGUACGUGAGCACUUCACCCUGCGGAGACGCACGCCUCAACUCCCCCUAUGAAAUCACAACUGACUUGAACAGCAGCAAGCACAUAGUGAGAAAAUAUCGUGGGCACCUCCGAACAAAGAUUGAGUCUGGAGAAGGAACCAUACCUGUCCGGAGUCACAACGCAGCUCAGACGUGGGACGGCGUGCUGCUGGGAGAGCAGCUCAUCACCAUGUCCUGCACAGACAAAAUCGCCAGGUGGAACAUCCUCGGCCUCCAAGGUGCUCUCCUCAGCGCCUUCAUCGAGCCCAUGUACUUGCACAGCAUCAUUGUGGGAAGCCUCUGUCACACUGGUCACCUUUCCCGGGUAAUGAGCCAUAGAAUAGAAGACAUUGGUCAGCUGCCAACCUCAUACCGGCGCAAUCAGCUGCUUCUCAGUGGGGUUAGCCACGCUGAUGCUCGGCAGCCUGGAAAAUCUCCCAGCUUCAGUGUGAACUGGAUUGUGGGGAAUGGCGACCUGGAGGUGAUCAACGCCAUGACAGGGAAGAGGACCUGCGGGAGACCCUCACGGCUCUGCAAGCACAUGUUCUUUACUCGGUGGGCAAAGCUUCACGGCAAGCUGAGCACACGAACACCGAGCCAUGGAGACAUGCCAUCAGUGUACAGCGAGGCAAAGCUGGUGGCUCAGACGUACCAGUCUGUCAAGCAGCAGCUGUUUAAAGCGUUUCAGAAAGCCGGUCUGGGCACCUGGGUGAAGAAACCCCCAGAGCAAGAUCAGUUCCUACUAACUGUGUAA